AUGGGUCCUCGCCGUGAUAAUCUAAAUAAUAAAUUAAAUUCAUCAAAACGUCAAGAACGUGAAGAUCGACAACAAGAAAAAAAAGAUCGUGAUAAAAAAACUUAUUUGAAAAAAGAUAAAGCGACUCCAGCAUUCAAUCAACAAUUACGAGCAUUUAAUUUACAAUUAAGAGAUAUUGUAGGUGAUGGUAAUUGUUUAUUUCGAAGUUUUGCCGAUCAAAUGGAUGGUGAUCAACAUCGACAUGCUUCGUAUCGUGAAAAAAUUUGUAAUUAUAUGCGUAAUAAUCGUGAAGAUUUUGAACCAUUUAUUGUUGAUCAAUCAUUCGAUGCAUUUGUUCUUUCACUUUCCAAAGAUGGUACAUAUGGUGGAAAUGAAUGUAUCGUUGCAUUCUCACGUCUUUUCGAUGCUAAAAUAUGUAUACAUCAAUUAAAUCAACCUGUUUGGAUCGUAUGUUUUUCUGAUCCUCCUAAACAUGAAAUUCAUAUAUUAUAUCAUAAUUAUGAACAUUAUUCUUCUGUAAGAAGCUUAGGUGAUCAAGCAUCUACACCAGCAAAUAUUCGAAAAUCUAUGACAACAUGUGAUCCAUCAUUAAUCAAUGAAAAAAAUAAGAAAACAGCAAAGGAAAAAAAUAAUGGUGCAUGUGCUAAUGACUCAGAAGAAUUAUUUAAUGAAUAUGAUGUUGAAUAUAUUAAUUCGCAAUUAACAAAUCCUGUUGAUCUUCAGUUAAUUCGAGAUACAUUAACGGAUAAAUAUGGAGAUAUUGAUGAAACAAUUGCUCAUUUACUUGCUUUAGAUAUUCCAUCAUCACCUCAACCUAUUAGUAUUCCUGAAGAAGAAUCAAAUGAAUCUAUAGAAAAAAUCAUGUCAAUUACAAAUAUCUAUAAUGUUGAACUUGUACAACAAUCAUAUACUCGUAAUAAUCAUGAUAUUGAUUCAACUGUUCAAGCAUUACUUGCACUUACAAUAGAUGAUAAUAAAACUAGCGAAACAUUCUCAGAUGUAGAAACAAUAGAAGAUGAAGAAAAAGAAAAUAAAUCGAAAACAAAAAAUAGUCGAUCAGUACCAAGUCGUCAACUCAAACUUGAAAAGAAAAAAGCGAAAAAACAACGAGCAACUGAAAAACAUCGUGCACAAGUAAUAACUACUACCGGCAAAACUUCAACGAAACCUAAAGAAGAAAAAGUUGAUCCAUCUGACAAUAAUGGACAAGAAAAUGUACCACUAGCUAAUAUGGAAUUUAUUAGUAUAUAA